GUAGAUUCCCAUCAUGUCAUUUGCUUCUAAUGUCACGAUCACUUCUGAGGUUCUCUUUCCUCCUCCUCAUUCAUCUCAGCUAAAGCAUGGGUACAACUCUUUAGAGAAAGUCGCGACUUGCUUACUGCUUACAUUGUUACUAUGGCGAUCUUGGAGGUUUACCAUAUUCCCUUUCCUGUAUCCUAAUCACCCGAAAGAGUACCCUUACUGGAUUCCAUUCGUAGGGCACGCUCAAGCAUUUUUCAGAGACUCAAAUGGUCUUCUUGCCAGAGCUAGAAAUCACUUUGACAACACCACAGAGCCCAUUGCCUUAACGGCUUUCGGCACGACUUUCUAUGUUGUCACGCAAGCGAAACACUCUGCAGAAGUAUACAGAAACACCGAAACACUCUCAUUUGAAGACUUUGUUCAAGGUUUAAUGAGAGUCAAUGGCAACAAAGAAGUCGUUGUCCAGGCGAUGUAUUCUGCGCUCCCAAGCAACAAGCCAGGAUUUCCGAAUCCGCAAGGCGAGUCCCUAGGUGUCUUAGCUCAGAAGAUGCAUAUCCAUCAACUCCACCCUGGAAAUAACUUAGUAGUUCUUCAGCUGCAGGUGAAAGCCAAAAUCGAUCAGCUUUUACGCUUAGACACACUUGGCAAAAUAUGCUCGUACGCCAGCUCUCAGAGUCCAACGCAUAUCGAGCUUCCACUCUAUCAAUGGUGCUCAGACUACUUCAUUCGUCUUGGGCAGCAUGUCUAUUUCGGAGAAACGCUUGAACAGAUUGACCCCGGACUUACCGAUGACUUUCUGAUCUUUGACGAGCUCAUCUGGAAAAUGCUGUACCAGUAUCCCAGCUUCUUGUCUCAUGACAUGUCAAGACCCAGGACUCAGAUUAUUGCUUCCUUGAAGAAAUACUUUCAGGUACCAGAAAUUGAGAGAAGCGGUGAGACUGCUUGGUUGAUCAAUGCCAUGGAAGAUGAGAUGAGAGCUCUCGGAAUUGAUGAUGACGACCUAGCAGUUCUUAUGUUCCAUCUCUACUUUGCAAUCAAUACCAACACUCGAAAGACAGCCUUUUGGGUGCUCACUUACUUACUCCACAACCCCACUCUCUUGGCCGCCUACCGUCGAGAAACGGAACCUGCCUUCGAGGGAGACAACCUAGUUGACCCAUUCUAUAUCCAAGAUCCUGCCAACUGUCCCCAAGUCGACAUGAUCUGGCACGAAACGCUCCGAAUAUCUGGAUGGUCUGCCUCUGUUCGUCUAAUCACGCAAGACACCAUGAUCGGCGGCAAACUGAUGCGCAAAGGAAACCGCGUCAUGGUACCUCAUCGACUACUCCACUUUGAUAAAACCAUCUUUGGCAAAGAACCCGGCGCCUUCCGUCCCGAAAGAUGGCAAAAGGAGAAUUUGACACGAAGUCCGUCUUGGCGCCCAUUUGGAGGUGGCAAGACUAUGUGUAGUGGUCGUUUCUUGGCUCGUUUCUCCGUAACGACUUUUGUGGCAACGCUGUUGAGACGGUUUGAUGUCGAGAUGGUUGGAAAUCCGCCGUUCCCGGAGGCGGAUGAAGGAAGGCCUGUGUUGGGUAUUAUGUCGAUUAAGAAGGGGCAUGAUUUCAAAGUCAGGCUAACGCCGAAAGUAAAGUCGGGAUGAGCAUUAGUCCGUCGAGUGAGUUGAAAGUUGAUGGAGACUCCGAAAUGAAGUAGAAGACAAUGUGGAAGUCGGUAAUUGAUUCAUAGUGUAGG